GGCGGACGCUCGGCCGCCCUGCAGAUAAAUGCGUCGCCUUCUUCGAGAGUGAGCGAGGGCGGGCGAGGCAGACGCAGACGCCGCCUGUGACAGUGGCAGUUCCCUGCGCCCUACAUCACAUUUGUCUGCCACAGCAGCAACAACAGAAAAGCGGAGGGAGGGAGGCGGGAGGAGCGGUGCUCCGCAAGUCUUGGGCUCUGCGUGGAGGCUGCGUCUGGCUGGCGUUCACGACCCCGGGCUCCUCGCACCGCAGCUCGCUGUGCGUAGCGCCGAGCGGCCGCAGGCGCUCCGUGGCGCGACUCCGAGGCCUCGUGGCGAGCGCGCGUGGGCUAGUGGUUCCGGACACUCUGGCCUUGCGAGGGAAGAGGCGCCGUGCCCUCGCCCCCUCGCCCCGCGGGCCGGCCGAGACGACGGGAAGUUUUAUUUGCAGCUCGGAGCCGGUUGCGGAUGGUGGGACUCUCCGGCCCUGUGCAGUAUCGGACUGAGAAGCACUCCACGAUGCCAGACUCACCUGUGGAUGUGAAGACCCCGUCUAGGCUGACUCCUCCCACGAUGCCACCUCCCCCAACAACUCAAGGAGCUCCCAGAACCAGUUCAUUUACACCAACAACGUUAACUAAUGGCACGAGCCAUUCACCCACAGCCUUGAAUGGCGCCCCCUCACCGCCCAAUGGCUUUAGCAACGGGCCUUCCUCUUCUUCCUCUUCUUCUCUGGCUAAUCAACAGCUGCCCCCAGCCUGUGGCGCCAGGCAGCUCAGUAAGCUGAAACGGUUCCUCACUACCUUGCAGCAGUUUGGCAAUGACAUUUCACCGGAAAUAGGAGAGAGAGUCCGCACCCUCGUACUAGGACUGGUGAACUCUACUUUGACAAUUGAAGAAUUUCAUUCCAAACUGCAAGAAGCUACGAACUUCCCACUGCGACCUUUUGUCAUCCCAUUUUUGAAGGCCAACUUGCCUCUUCUGCAGCGUGAGCUCCUCCACUGCGCAAGGCUGGCCAAACAAAACCCUGCCCAGUACCUCGCCCAGCAUGAACAGCUGCUUCUGGAUGCCAGCACCACCUCACCUGUUGACUCCUCAGAGCUGCUUCUCGAUGUGAACGAAAACGGGAAGAGGCGAACUCCAGACAGAACCAAAGAAAAUGGCUUUGACAGAGAGCCUUUGCACUCAGAACAUCCAAGCAAGCGACCAUGCACUAUUAGCCCAGGCCAGCGGUACAGUCCAAAUAAUGGCUUAUCCUACCAGCCCAAUGGCCUGCCUCACCCCACCCCUCCUCCACCUCAGCAUUACCGUUUGGAUGAUAUGGCCAUUGCCCACCACUACAGGGACUCCUAUCGACACCCCAGCCACAGGGACCUCAGGGACAGAAACAGACCUAUGGGGUUGCAUGGCACACGUCAAGAAGAAAUGAUUGAUCACAGACUGACAGACAGAGAAUGGGCAGAGGAAUGGAAACAUCUUGACCAUCUGUUAAACUGCAUAAUGGACAUGGUAGAAAAAACAAGGCGAUCUCUCACUGUACUAAGGCGAUGUCAGGAAGCGGACCGGGAGGAAUUGAAUUACUGGAUCCGGCGGUACAGCGAUGCCGAGGACUUAAAAAAGGGCGGCAGCGGUAGCAGCAGCCACUCCAGGCAGCAGAGUCCUGUCAAUCCAGACCCAGUGGCGUUAGAUGCACAUCGGGAAUUCCUUCACAGGCCUGCUUCUGGAUAUGUGCCAGAGGAGAUCUGGAAGAAAGCUGAGGAGGCGGUCAACGAGGUGAAGCGGCAGGCGAUGACGGAGCUGCAGAAGGCCGUGUCAGAGGCCGAGCGGAAGGCGCACGAUAUGAUCACCUCGGAGCGCGCCAAGAUGGAGCGCACUGUGGCCGAGGCCAAGCGGCAGGCGGCGGAGGACGCUCUCGCUGUCAUCAACCAGCAGGAAGAUUCGAGUGAGAGUUGCUGGAAUUGUGGCCGUAAAGCGAGUGAAACCUGCAGCGGCUGUAACACAGCCCGAUACUGUGGCUCGUUUUGCCAGCACAAAGACUGGGAGAAGCACCACCACAUCUGUGGACAGACCCUGCAAGCCCAGCAGCAGGGGGAUACGCCUGCUGUCAGCUCCUCCGUCACACCUAACAGCGGGGCCGGGAGCCCGAUGGACACACCACCAGCAGCCACCCCGAGGUCGACUACCCCGGGGACCCCUUCCACCAUAGAGACAACCCCUCGUUAGAUGUGCACUCAGAACUGUCAGAGGAAAGACAACACAACCAACGUGAAACCAAUUCCUCAUCCUCAGAUGCUCAAAGUUGUUUUUGUUUGUUUGUUUGUUUAUAGAUGAACUAUCCUGGUUCAGUAUUUCAGCAAGAGAGAACCUAACUGUAUCUUGAGGCGUUAGUAAAACAGAGGGCCAGUAACGGGUCGUAAUGACUUACUGUGGAUAACAAAGAUUUCUUUUCCUUAGAGAACUGAAAAGAGAGCAGAAAAUAUAACAUGAAAUGAUAGAUUUGACCUCCUCCUUGUUAUUUUCCAGUAGCUGGGAUUUUAAACUAGAUGACCUCAUUAACCGAUGCUUUACCAAACAGCAAACCAAGAGAUUGCUAAUUGCUGUUGAAAGCAAAAAUGCUAACAUUAAAAGUCACAAUGUUCUUUAUAUACAAUAAUGGAAAAAAAGAGGAAAACCCUCAAGGGCAUGAGCAUUGGCUACAGCAGUAGACAUUUUAACGAGAAGAUGAAUGGCGUCCGUGGGUUGCUAACUGAACUUUGAAGACCCGCCACAAAACGCGCAGAUGUGUAGCAUAUUGGAAGGAGACACAGAUGUUCGGUUUUUUUUCCUGUUUCUGAAAAGAAAGAAUAUCCAGGUCAACAGAAGGAAAAAUGAAAGAUGAUUUGCAGUGGGAUAUGUGAAUACAGCAGCAAGAAAAAAAUGCCAUAACACAAAAGGCUCCUUUAUAUAUAUAUAUACACACACACACAGAAGUAAGAGACUCAGCCUGCAGUUAUUAGCAUCCUGGCAGCUUUGACACCAGCCAGCUGCCCUAAACAGCCCUCAACGUUUCUUCACUUUUGCAAGGUUCCACAGAGCAAGACAUUGGGUCUAUUCCAGCUCAUUCAUUUUAUAUUGAAAAAUAAUUUUUAAAAAUGAUGGCUCCGGCUCCAGCCCCUUUCUAAAUUUUUUCAACCCCACCCUGUUUGGAUUUUUAAUUAAAAACUAGUAGUUCUCUUGGUGUUAAAACACUUCUGUCCUGUGAGGUUUCCCAAUGGUGUUUUUCUUGUAAACGUGCUGGACGACUGUGAAGACGCGUUGUAGUUUAACCACGUGCCCACAUUUAGUCUCUUUAUUCCUAGUUGGUGAGAAACCUGUAUCUUUCUAUGCUGCUUUUAUAUCUGUAUGUAUUAGUGGUAUUUCUCUAGUAGUUCAAAAAAAAAAGAAAAAAGGAAAAAAAAGACUCUUUUUUUGGUUGUCCUCAAGAAAAGAAAGAAAAAGGCUAUCUUUCGGAGCUGCUAUUUCAUUCUCUUAUAGAAUUUUUUUUUUUUUUCCUGAAAACCAGCAUGCUUCACGGAAUGCUAACAUAUUGGUGUUUUUGUAAGAGGGAUGUACAUAAAUGUAUUUUGCACUGUCACAAUGACUCCCUAGGCAUGCUUUUUUUUUUUUUUUGAGUAAACUCUUUAAAUAUGCUAGAGCCAUUUCACCAAGUUUAGCUGUAGCAUAGAGUAGUAGUGGAAUUUUUCUUUUUUCUUUUUUUCGUUGAAAAAUCAUUAUUAGGGACUUAAAAAAAUAACAAGAUAUCCUACUUUUUAAAAAAAAGACAGUGCAUGUGUAUUGCUGUAAGGUUGUUUAAGUAUUUCUAAUUUUACAAAAAAAAAAAAAAAAAAGAUAAAUCAUUAGAGCUCCAAAUGCUGAGGUGUAGACUGACAGCUUUAACACUGCUGAAUGCCAGGUUAUACAGUAUUCUUACAAAAAGGGAAGUCAGCCAAAGACUGAUCUGAUGGACCAAAAUCGGAAUUUUGAAAAGCACCAGUACUACUUUCCAAAAUGAUCAGCAGGUUAAACAUGUUCAGCAAGGUAUAGUGUGAAUCCAUUAACCCUUCGUCGUCCAGGGUCCAGACCAGAACUACUUGUUAGUUUUGAAAACAGUAGCCCAGAAUGUGGUUAUGUGCUUUAGGGAAAGUCAGCAGUGCUGCAGGCUGUGUAGACAACCAAAGUUUUCAAGGCUGGGAAGACACUUCUCCACGUACAUACACAUACCAGGCAUUGAUUUAAAAAUCUAAAAUGGUCCAUUAGCUUUGGUUUUGUUUUGUUUUUAAAUAUAGCCUUGGAUACAGUUUUAAAUGGCUUUUAAGUAUCUGCAUAUAGGUAAUCCUAAAUCUCUUAAACCUAACAUUUUUGCAUUUUCCCCUGUAUUUUCACAUACAAGUUGACUUUGAUUUUGUUUGGGUAGUAUGUUUAUUUUUAAAUGGCUUUUUAGUUUAGACACUUCUGAUGAGCAAAUACAUCUAUCUGCAUGUUGGAAGUCCAUCUGCCAGCACACCUGCUUAAAGUGAGAUGAAAGCACAUAACCAGACUCUGAAUGGGUUAUAUUUUAUCAUGGUGCUCCCAGAAUCCUUUGACCUCACUCUGCUUUCUAGUCUGCUUGUGACACUGGACAGUCCUUUCUUACAGAGCUAUUAUAUGUUCUAGGCUACGAAGGGUUAAAUAAUCCCAAAAAUGAGGUAUGUCAUACCCACACGUCUUUAUCUCUAGAAGCUGUGAUGUAUGUGAAACAGCACUGUUAUUCUUAACACUAGUGUGUAAAAUAAGGAUUAGUACAGUACGUCUCAUUACUUUUAAUUCAGGGCACCCUGAGUGAAAACAAAUACAAAAAAUCCCUAACUCUGAGCUCUAUCUCUGAUUCCUCUUCCUCCUUCCCCUCUUCCUCCUCCUCUUCCUCUCCUCCUGUUUUGCUACAUUCUCCUCAGUGGCAAAAAGUUUCACUCUACCUCUGACAGCAUGUAUAUUGCACCAGUAGCUAACAAAAACUGGUCUAGUCAAACCAAAUGGGCACAAAAGAACCAGGAUACCAAAAGUUAAGCUCAUACAGCUGCAAACCAUAUCACUUCUUGGUAACAAUGCAGACCUCAUAAACCUAAAGAAGAGAAAGAAAAGAAAACUUUUGUUACUUUCCUUUUUUGCUUGUCACUUAUAUACAGGCUAUGUGAGAGUAUAAUUUGUAGGUAUAACACAUUUUAAAAAAAAGUUAUCUUCAUUGGAUAGAAUUGAAUGGUGGUCGCUGAUAGGAAUAGGGCGUCCUCUAUCUCUUUUCUCUGUCUCUGACUCUAUUUCUCUUUUUCUCUGUCAGGAGACUGUGUGUGACAGGGCCACCUGUCUUCUUUUUUUUUCCUUAACUUUUUUUUUUUUUUUUUUUUUAAUGUGUAGGUGCAUGUCUUGGGGAUUUAAAAAUUUCAAGGCUGGUUUACUUAUGCAAAGCAUGCCUACGUCUGGAAUACUUAGGGAAAGAAAGCGACUCCAUGUUGUCCGAAUUCCUCAAGGGACAGAAAAAAAUUGGAGACUGUUGAAAUGCAGAUUUGAAGUAAUUUUUUAAAAUAUUAUUUUGGGUUCUGCGACAUUAUUGUGAAAAAUUAAAGUUGUUGUGCAAUACUUAAUUCAGACAUGUACCACAAGUUAACGGUAGACUAACACUGGGGGGCGGGGUCUAGGCAUCAUGCUUUUGUCAGCAUACUCUUGAGCUUUUAAGUCUACUAUGUCUGAACUGUGGUUUCUUGUUUAUCUUUUUUUUCCUUAGUUGGACUGUAAUGUAUGGUCUGUCAACCUGUGAAUCUUUAAAG